AUGCCUUUCUCGAGUGUUGAAACAGGCCAAAUAAAUACCGCUUUCGUGCUUUACGCUCUCAUAGGACUUGCUUCCUCGCAACGGCCCCUAUCAGUGCCAUGGUCUGAUCAAAGCUUUGGGCCCGAUGGUCCCUGGAAUGCGGUGACGUUAAGAAUGGGUGGUGGAGGAAAGGUCGCAUUGUACGCAGGUGGCUGGUGGGAAACCUGGUUGAUUCCCUCGUCGUAUUGCAGGGACAACGUGACCACGUCUACUUGUUAUGCGGAAGAUGCUGGGCUCUACCAUCCGGAGUACUCAGGUGGUUUCGACAACACAUCUAUUGAGCUAGGACCCUCUGGCUACGAGUGGGAGGAUCUGGACUAUUCGCCAACAGGUGCGACUCCCCUGGUUGGCAAGGCUAGGCGGGCCCAAGAUACGUUCCAAAUCGGCGGCAAGGAAGUUGUUGAUGCCGAUAUCAUUGUCAUCAAAGAAGGAACACAAAUUUAUCCGGGAGGGCAAACCUACCCGGUACAAGUCGGUCACUUGUCGCUCGGUGCUGGGGAGAUCAACCAAACAUUUCAGACAUGGAAAGAGAUUCAAUCCACGCUUGUCGCCAGCUGGCUAUGGAAUGGAACACACGAGAUACCAUCUUACUCCUAUGGAAUGCAUGUCGGAUCAGCCAGCCACAACAUCCCAGGAAGUCUCAUUCUGGGUGGGUAUGAUAAGAGCCGAGCUCUGGGCGACAUUUCUGCCCAGCCUCAUACAGGAAAUUCAGCUCCGAUUCAGUUGCUUGAAAUCAGCCUUGGUGUCGCAGCUGGAGGUUCGCCUUGGGAAUUUCCGAGGAAAUCCGGACUCCUGGCUCAAGGCAAUUCCUCUCUCACCUCUGGCACUUCAGUCCUUGCAAAUGUUGUUGAUCCUUACAUAUAUCUCCCACAAAGCUCGUGUGAUGCAAUUGCUGCAGAGUUACCGGUAACACAUAAUCCUGAUCUCGGCCUUUAUCUCUGGAACACCGAUGAUACCCAAUACACCAAGAUUGUGACCUCCGCAAGCUAUCUGGCAUUUACGUUCAUCAAGGAUAACACCAACGAUCAGAACAUUACGAUAAGAGUCCCAUUCCAACUACUCAAUCUCACAUUAGAAGCACCUUUGGUUAAGAAACCGACACGAUAUUUCCCCUGCUUCGGAACAGAGGGCACAUAUGCUUUGGGACGAGCCUUCUUUCAAGCCGCCUUCAUCGGGGUAAACUAUGGGACCGGCAACGGCAUAGGAAAUUGGUUUUUGGCUCAAGCCCCGGGUCCAGGGAUAUCGACAUCGAGCAUCAUUGUCACAGAGGCUGGCGCGACCGAGUUGACGGGCUCUAGCGACAGCUGGGCAGAGACUUGGACUUCACAUUGGACUCCGCUCCCUGGGUCCACUGAUUCUACGAUCAAAGACUCGACUGAGGGUUCGAACACCAAUUCUACACUCCCUAAAAACCCGAAAGAUGAAGGCAGUAGCCUCUCACUCGGGGAUCGAGUGGGAAUCGGCGCUGGUGCUGGUGCCGUGGGCUUGAUACUCGCUGUUGUUUUUGGGUGGUGGCUCAUGCGUCGCCGCAAACAGCACAAAAAGACAACGCUGAAUAACGACAGUCAAAAAAUCCAAGAGGAUUCUGCUUCUUCUUCACGGUCGGCUCAAGAGCUCGGCUGGGAAGCUCAGAAUUCAAUUCCAGAGCUCGAACACACCCAACAAGUGGCCGAGCUUGAUCACGCGCAGACCUUAUAUGAGCUUGACCAUAAGCAAGCCAUAUAUGAAGUUGGGACCCACCGUUCUAUCCAGGGUCCUUUUGAGAUGGGCCCUGGCCGAAACAGUGGGUGGUUAUGA